AUGGAUGCAGAGAUCAAAGCAAUUAAGAAGAAUGGUACAUGGGAAUUGACAGAUCUUCCCGAAGGGCAAAAGACAAUCGUAGUCAAGUGGGUAUACAAGACGAAAAUGAACAAGAAUGGCGAGAUUGAAAAGUACAAGGCGCUUCGUGGCAAAAGGUUACAAGCAGGAAUUUGGAGUGGAUUACAAAGAGCAACAAGGCCAGAUAUCAUGCAUCCCGUGAGCCUUAUUAGUAGUUACAUGGAGAAUCCAACUGAAAAAUAUUUACAAGCUACAAAGCGAAUUCUUCGCUACUUGAGAGGGAUUGCAACUUUUGGGUUGUUCUACAAGAAGGGAGAAAAAUCAGAGUUGCUUGGUUUCACCGAUAGCGAUUACGCUGGUGAUAUGGAUGAUCGAAAAAGCACUUCCGGUUAUGUAUUUAUGCUUGGUUCGGGGGCUGUCUCAUGGUGUUCAAAGAAGCAGCCAAUUGUUACUUUGUCAACAAUUGAAGCUGAGUUUGUGGCUACCACCUCUAGUGCUUGUCAAGCUUUUUGGUUAAGGAAGGUUCUUUGA